AAAAGGUAGUCUAUGGUCUUCAGUGCAUCGACGUAUUGUUGCCCUUGACUUGUGUAAAAAUUGCUGUUUUUCUGUAAUUGAUGCAUAAAAUUUUUAAUACCGAAUGUUAUUAUGUUGGUUUGAUGUGUGACUAAAGGACUGUACAACGGAUUUAGUGUGUUGUUUAGUGAUAUUGCUUUUAAUUUGCGAAGCGUCACCUGACUGAACUCAUUGUCAUUUCCCGCCAUUGUGGCUCGUGUGUAAACUGAUGGAUAUUAGUUAACGCCUUGUGCAUCCUCUGAAGUAUAUGAGGAAUAAGUAGAAAACAACGACUAAGGAAUGUCAUUGCACGGUAAUGACGUUUGUUUACUAGAAGUAGAAGAUUACAACUUGUACGAAGAAGAAGCAUCGGAUCACACGUUUGUCAGUGAGAAACAUUCGACAUCAGGGAGUAAGACAAUGGAGGCAGAAAAAAGGAUUAGACGAGAAAUUGCCAACAGCAAUGAACGCCGACGAAUGCAGAGCAUCAAUGCAGGUUUUCAAGCUUUGCGGACUUUACUUCCACGUCAUGAGGGCGAAAAAUUAAGCAAAGCAGCUAUUUUACAACAAACUGCAGAAUACAUUUACAAUCUUGAACAAGAGAAAACAAGACUACUUUCACAGAAUUGUCAACUAAAGAGAUUACUAAAUCAGCAUGAAGGAGGUGAAGUUCCAUUGAAAAAAAGAAAAGGUGAUAUACUAACACAUAUACCAUCAGUCAUACCUCCUGAUUCUACAGACGAUACUUUAUCGAAUUCACGAUCACCCGAACCAGUUGCUGUUAUAACAAUGUCAAACACAUCACAGAAAAAAGAUUCUGAGUGUGUAGAAUUACGGGCGCAACUUGAACAGGAACGGAGAUUACGUCGCUUGCUUGCAGAGCGGUUCAACGCACUAGAAACGCAGGUCUAUCCUAAAACAGGGCACGACAUCGCGCGACCUUUAUCAGGCCCUAUCGAACAGACUGAAAUCUCAGACUGCAAAGUGGAGAAUGAAGAAAUUCCCAUAAAACCUGUUGAGCCACCCCCACCCACAACUCAAUUACUUGAAGCCGCCAUCAAGGCUGAGCCCCGAGUGGAAGUCGAGGUACUGCCAGAGGCGAAUCAAGACAGCUCUUCGCGGCUCUACCUAGCAAGCACGAGCCGCCAAAACCUCGAGACCAUUGUGGAGGCUAUCCGACACUUGGAGGGCGACCACCUGUUUCGCGAGGAGACGGCCGAAGCGCCCCUAGCGCUAACCAAGAAGCCGAGUGCGCCCCCGCCACGACCCGGUGUCAUCGUCGUCAAGCACUUGUGAUCGCCUCGACGAGCGGUUUAGACUUUUAGCUCGUAAAAUGCUUAUCGCUUAGCGAGCGCACCUGACCCUCCUCGAAUGUAGUUUUAAAUUUUAGUUAUUUAGUUGUAUCUUCCAAAGUGACGAAUCGAUAAGUCUGCGUCUUUGUUUAUUUUAUGCAUUGAAGUCAAAUAAAACACGGUAGAUUUAGUCCUCCGGGUGAGCAUUCUAAUGGACGUAUGGUCUCAAAUAUUAUUAUUUCAUACUGUUGUGUUAUUUUUACAUGUAAAAUUAUUGUAACUGUGUUAGUGAAAUGAGGGGUGACUGAAAU